AUGGGCUAUAUCGCAGCGAGAGUAACGCAAUACCGCGACGGGUUCACCUUAACCUUUGCAUCACCCGCUGGCUGGGACGAGGGCCGGUUCGGCAGACCUCACGGCAUAGCGUUACUCUCACUGAUAUAUGGUACAUAAUAUUAGGUGUGUAUCAUUUUUAAUUCCUAGCGUGUUUCUAGUCUCCUUUUAACAUAUGGGAUUUUUCGAAGUUGCGCAUCACCGAGUGUUGUCCUGACGUUCUGAUGAAAGCGAGUUUAAAAAAAAACUGACGGCUUCAUAAAUAUAAUUUCGCAGAUUCAUGGUUCCAUCUAUGCUUUCAGAUCUCUAAUUUUUUUUAGCAUUUUGGCAAGAGUUUUAAAAAGACGUUAGAAAUCAAAAAUUACGAGAAUUGAAUACGACAUUAACUCUCAUUAUUUUUCUAUGAGUGAUUACUUGAGUUCUGAUUUUUUUCAGUAAAAAAUCCAGCAUGGAAGAACGUAUGGAAUUUCAAACGUCGCAAGGUGUGUUUUUAUUUAAUUGAGAAGUUUUGUGGUGUAUAAGUUUCGUUUUUUUCCGAUCUUAGAAUUUGUGUUUUUUUAAAAUCUAAAUAAAGAUUUUCUCAAGAAAAUCACCCUAAAGUAGAACUUACUUUUAUAUUAACUUUAAAAAUAUUAAUUGCAGAAACGCUUCCAGCCAAGUUGCCAGAAGCCAAAUUCAAAGCACAAGACACGUUUUUUGUACAAGCUAACGCAUUUGAAAUAUGUUUCAAAGACACGGAAGUAUUUCACUACCGAUUGGAAGUGACAAAGGUUGGAAAAAAAAUGACGGACGCAACCAGAGGCCCAAACUCAGAGUGAGCAAAGUCGACUUGGACAAGAUCUUUGAGUAAAAUUUGCAGUUUCGCCCAGCAAGCCAGACGAAGAGCCUUGUUUUCCGUUUUUAAAACGUUGAUGAAAGCGCAUCCGGAGGUUUUUCCCGACCAGGAGUGCAUUGCCUACGACUGCGCGGGCACGGUUUACAGCAACUAUGCUCUCGAUGUGAGGCCAGGCGAAGAAUUCACUUUGGCUGCGGUAUGUCUCAAUUUUCAGCUACUUCUAUCGCCCAUUUUCAGGAAGACAUAAAAAAGACGGAAAGUACCGCUAUGUUCUUUCACAAUAUCGAGAAAGUAAGUUGUUCAAUGAAAGUCCGGUAAAAAGUUUUAUUUUCAGUUGGUUUUUGUGAUUCAUUUGGUUGAUCAGUUCGUCCUUUCGAAAGAUGCGUUGCGCGAAGGCUUUGACAUGAGUCGCAAAUGUCAGCAAGUCGUGGAAGUCAUCAGCAACACGAUCCUUCAUCGCGGGUAUUACCUUAAAUGCUUUGGCGUCACGCUGGACAGUCUGGGCCGAGUUUCAAGCUUCACUUUUGGCGAAUGGGCCUGCACGGGAUCAAGUUUUUUAUUCAGAAAAAAAUUUUGCAUCAAACAAUUUUUGACCUUGAAAAAGUCUGAUAUUUGAUUUUAAGAUAUUUUUGCGAUCUUUGGGCCAUGACGGCCGUUUUUGCUACCCGGUCGGAGAUAGAAAACGGCCAGGGGCCGCAAAGCUGACGGUCCUCUCUCAAGCCUGACAUCUUAGGAAUCAGUUCUAAUCAUUUUUCUCAGAGGAGAUUACCAUUCGCUGAGGAACAAGUUCUUCGAAAAGUCCAGUGAAAAUAAUUUGCCGAUGGGUGAAGCUAAGUACGUCAAAGUUGGAUUCGAGAAAAACUGUCGAAUCAUUAACGACGAAAGCGGAAGCCCUACGAUGAUGCUGCAAAUUGACGGUCGGUUGAUGCUUUUCCGUUUAACAUAAGUUUCUAUAAAGUUUGAUCUCGUUUAUACAAACAAAAAAAAAAAUAGGCUGACCAUUUUUGAGGACCUCCAUCCGUUUAUCCGAAAUUAACUGGCACAGAAGUCGAUGUGUUUUAAAAAUACAUUAAUCUCUAAUCUCGGCGCGAACCGGACACGCCCCGCACGUAUCGGAGCAUUUCUAGUGACCACCUUAGUAGCGUCAGAAAUCAGAAGUGAUUAGUGAUACCUAUAUUUGCGCACAAACUUUCGAAGUGCGUCCAAUUUUUGUUACCAAGGUCCGAGAUGAAAAGGAAGUUUUCAUUUAAAAAUUAAGUUUAGUAUAACUUAAAAAUCUAUUAUUCUUUUUAGUUUAGCUGUAGGUUCAUCCUUUUUUCUGUAUUAAAAACAUAAAAUAAAAAAACUCGACUUUACUUUGUCAUUCUGAGAACAGUUCAAUGUGAUAUGGAGCGAGUCGUUAUUCUAGCCUGACCAUGAAAAGAUUUUACAGCCAAGCGCUCGCCAUUCAUUGAACAUGGUGAUCUGAUCGACGCAUUGAAAGAUCUUCUGAAGGUUCGCGAUAGCUACGAGCUCGAAAGAGCCCUUGCGGACCAAAGAGCCUUCAAAAUGGUCAAUCAACAGCUGAAAGGUAUUUGAAAAACGAGAUUAGUUGGGUAAAGAUUGUUCAGAUGUUGCUGUCCGUACGUCUCACAUGAGUGAAAACAGGUUUUUCAUGAUCAACGCACUCCACAAAAAGAACGCUAGAGAGUAACAUUCUGUUUCUCACUUUUCAUACAACAAAAAAAUCAUUUCCAGAACGACUUUCGAAAAAGAUGAUCGCACUUACAGUGUCUACGAAUACUUCAAGACUACUUAUAAGAAAACUCUCAAGUCUGGGUCAUAUUCCGAACUUUUUGAGAAUGAUGUUAAGAUAUCCGAACCUGCCAUUGGUUGUGGAAAGACACCAGAAGUCCGUCAGCUUCCAUCCGAUCGAAGUGUUGAUUAUAGAGCGUGGACAGCGAGUUCCGACUUCUAAAUCUACUCCGUUGAUGGUGGAUACCGUUUCUCUGAUUUCAUCUCCUGGUUGCACUUUCAGGCUGAGAAAAUGAUCAAGAAAUGUCAAAUGCUCCCGGAUGAAAUGUCCAAGCAAAUCGACGACCAGAUGGCCGGGUCGAAAGUCGGAGAAAACAACUAUUUGAAGAACUUUGGAGUUUGCUUGUUCUGUUGAUAUUCGAGAGGAUAAAAAAAUUGCAGCUGAAAGUCGAUCGCAGUAAAAUUGUGGCUGGAGCCAAACAGCUCGAGCCGGCGCAAAUCGUUUUCCAAGGCAACCAAGUUAGUCCGAAAAGCUUCUCGAAAUUCCGGUUUUGAAAAUUAAAACGAAACAAAGGUCAAGAAUUUGAAAUUAAAGAACAAAUUUAAGCUUAAACGCCAAAUGGGUAAUGAAACUUUUGUAGUUGAAUAAUUUGUGAAGGGAAAGAUUUUUAAAAAAAUUUCUUUUUCAAUGAUCCUAUAAGGUCGCUAUCCAACAUAACUCGAAAAAAUACCUGAAAAGUUUAUAAAUGGCGAGAUAGAAUCUCAAUAAAGACUGUAACUAAGUUUCUCUACGGAAAAUUUGUCAGGUCUCCUUUUGAUAGUUUUUGACUUUCCACCUUUUUCUGCGCUGUUAGGUCAUGACUAUUAAAUUCAUGUACGGUCCGAUGAUAACUUCAUGAAUAAAAAAAAGCAAAGUUUCGUCUCAGACGGUUUCGGCGAAUCCGACCUGGAGAGCUGGCAAUUUCCUCAAACCGGCUGAAGUGCCCCGGAAGGUCUACAUGAUCAUCUUCGACCGCUGCGCCAAACGCCACGAAGCCGAGUACCUAGUUUUUCUCAACCAUCACCGCUGGUGCUUUCAGAAACUUCAUCAACAACAUUCGCCGCAGUGGAGAACAGAAAGGAAUGAAGUGGAGGAAUACUUCGGUUCAUACUUUUCUUUUUUAUUCAAAUUUUCUAUUUAAUUAGCUUUUUCGGAUUGAAAGUAGAAGUCAAUUUUUGAAAAUUGUAGAUCCAUGUGGAAGAAAUGUCGAGCACGGACGAAGAACGCGCUGCGAAAAUUAUGUCUUCUGGAGAAGUUUUCGUUUUUUUCGUCACUCAUCAGAAGCAGGAUCCUGUUCAUGGUUCAAAAAUGCCUUCUGUUGCUGUGAGAUAAUAAAAGUUUAUAGAUUUCAUGAAAUCUCUGGAAAAUAAGAACGGAAACGUCUGUCAGCAUGUCUCCAGAAAGACGUUUGGCGACGUCUGCUCGGUUUCUUUCAUCCCCAAAAUUAGUACUUUUCUUCGGUAUUUCAGAAUAAACCGGCAACGACGGAUAACAUUUUGUUGAAAUUGAACUUGAAAAUGGGAGGAUUGAACUACUACUUAGCUUUGGGUCGCAACUUGGAAUCGAAAAACCGCGACCAACAACAAAGGUUUUUUUUUAAAAUAAUUACUAUGGAUAUGCGCUAUUUUUUUGAGAAAAAAAUAUUUCUGUGACAAAUAUUUAAAUGAAAUAAGUUUGAAUUUUUGUGGCGGAUUCUGUGUAGCGAUCAUAGACGAAGGGUCGAACUUUUUGUCGAUAAUUAUGCCGUGUUCAAAGUAAUCCGCAUAAUGCGAGAUGAUCUCUGACUCUUCAAAAUUCAGUUAUAUAUUUUUUUCUGACGACUUUUUUGGGUUUUCGCGGAAUCACUUUGAACACGGCAUUCCAUUAAAAACGGGUUUUUAGCCUCCACGAACUGAAGAGGACAGAUCGGAUGGUGGUUGGAUUCGACGUUCAGCAUGCUGGAGCCCAAUCUGCGGUAGACCGGCAGCUCAAAGUCGUUCGCAGUGAGCCGAGUGUCGCUGGCGUGAGAGCGAUGAGCGCCAAAAAUAAGCCACUCGACGUCGGUUGCAGAUGGCGUUCACUGUCGAUGGUCUGACGGGAAUGCGUGGAACAUUUUGGCUGCAGACGCCGGGUCUGGCGGAAAUCAGCCGAGUCGGCGAGAAGAUGGUCGAGGCGGUGCACGAGUACAGCCGUCUCAACGAAGGAAAAAAGCCUGGGGACAUCGUCGUUUUCCGCGGUGGAGUCUCCGAGGGCGAGUUCCCCAAGGUGAGGACUGAUCUCGUGGAAUUUUCCGAAUUUAGCUCGGAAAAUUUAAUCGGCAAAUUACCAGACUUUAAGUCUCAUCAAGGUUUUUUUUUUGUUGCAAAGAUCAACCUUUCAUGUGGGAAAAGUUAAACAAAGAACUCUUUACUUUCCAAUUUGACUCCAUAGAAAGAAAGUAGUGAAAAAUAUUUUCUGAUCACAUCAUGAAAAGAAAGAAGUAUAUUUUCAGAUUUCAAGACUUCUUUUUGGUUUUUCAAUAAUUAAAAAGGAGGUUAAUCUGUCAAGAAGAAACUGAUCUUUUAUGAAAAGAGCUCUGAAGUGUUUUUAUAGGCUCAAGCUGAGAUGGUUUCUGUUCGUGAAGAGUUUAAAGCCAAAUUCGGCUCCUCGUAUACUCCCACGAUGACGUGCAUCGUCGUUCAAACUAAUUCGAACUUCCGCAUUUUCCGGGAAAGGUUGGGAAUUUCAUUCCAGUGUAGACGGAUUUAGUUCUUAUCGCUAUGAGAGAUGCCAUGUUCAUCUUUUAAAAAACGAUUCAAAUAAAAAGAUUUGAAAAAUGAAAAGUAUCAAGGAGGUGAGGCUGUUUGUGGGCUCACAUCUAUAUCUUUAUUCCAGAAUUCCGAAAAAAGCUCGUCCCAUGGAUCAGAACGUGCCCUACGGCACUGUCAUCGACAAAAACAUUGUCAAUCCAAUGUUCAACGAGUUCAUCAUUACUCCUCAGCGUGCUCUCAUUGUUCGUCUGAGCACUUCUGGCACUUUCAAUUGUUUUCCAGGGAACAGUUCGGCCCAUCCGCUGCACGAUCGUCGAUCUCUACCAUCCUCCAGGCGUCGUCAACAACAUGAACAUGGACGUCGCCGAGCAGCUCACCAAUUUGCUUUCCUACGGGCAUCAGGUCUUCUAAUCAGUAUCAAUUUGGGCAGAUUUUUUUUUUUUAAGUUUUGAGUUUUUUCCAUCAUGAAAGUAAUUCAAAGACCGAGAUUGAGGGCGGAAAGAAGCUCGAAAGAAAAAAAUAUCAAUCAACCUGAUAAAUAUUUUUUUGUAUCUACUUUUUGAAAGUCAGGCGGCUUAACCAGGACUUAGAAUUUUUCUAAGUAACUAGAGGUUUUUUUACAUUUUAAAAAAAUAAAAAGAGGAUUUUUCGAAAAAAAGUGUUUUUACCCGUUUGGGUCAAAAAAAUUUAUACGAUUGAAAGAUUUCAAAAAAACAUGAUUUCUUCGAAAAAAAUGCAAAGUAAAAAAAGUUUACCGUGUUUUUUUAUAACUCGCGAGGUCGUUUUCUUCUUUUUUUCUAUAAUCCAAGUUUUUUUUGAUACUAUUUUUGAAAGUCAGUAUCUUCAUUCUUCUGGUUGAAUUAUGGGUUAUAAGAUGGUAAUGAAAGGGAAUUUUAGGUGUCUUGCUGUCCGACUGGACUCCCCAACGUCUGUUACGCUGCAACCAACUUGACUAAACGCGGAAAAAACAAUUGGAAGCGUUUGAAGUAUGCCGACCGGCCUUUUUUCUCAGAUCUUUAUUUUUUUCCUCAUAGCUGCGAGGAUGAAGAUCGUAUGUCCAUGGUCUCUGGAAGCAGCACCGGUCGCGGAACGAUUCCUAUGGAUCAGGCCGAAGGCUAUUUCUUCGACAUCAGCGACAAAAUCACUCCCAAAGCUGACACUCAAUUUUGGGCUUGA